UGGCCGGGUUUAUUCGCGCUGCGGGGCGCACGCUGCCCGGGUGCUGCCGCUGGAGCGCUGCCUGGGGGAGCCGGCUGCUCCCCCACCCCCGGGGCUCGGAUGGACGCGGUGGUCCUGGGCAGCGGCCCCGGGCUGCUGCUGGCGCUGGCGCUGGGCCUAGCUGUUUUCAACGGUGUGGGUGCCAGCUGGAACGUGACUGCUGACUACGGAGUGAAGAGGCCCGUAUGCAGCUCUCCGGACGACUGUGCAGAUAAUAUCACACAGUUAAGGCGGAGAGGGCACUUUUCUAAGUGCCCCGAGGAAUACAAGCAUUACUGCGUCAAAGGGCGAUGUCGAUAUGUCAUGGCCGAAGAGACGCCAGCUUGCGUCUGCGAGAAAGGCUACACGGGCGCAAGAUGCGAGCGGGUGGACAUCUUCUACCUGAGAGGAGAUCAAGGCCAGAUUGCCGUGAUUUGCUUGAUCGUUGCCAUGGUGGCGCUGAUCGGCCUGAUAAUAUGCAUCUGCACGUGCAGUCAUCACUGUCGGAAGCGCCGCAGGAGGAGAAAGGAAGAAGAAAUGGAAACGCUAGCGAAAGAGUUGCCUACCAAACAGGAGGAUGUCCUAGAGACGGACAUUGCAUGAAGGUUACUGAAGGCACCUGCAGGCAGGUUCCAAACAGCACAACGUCUUGCUCUAUUGGAGAGGGACACAGAAGGGCUAUUGCCCGGAUAAUAAAGGCAGAUGAAUAACA